AUGGAUAAUUUGCUAUGUGAAGAGGUGUGGCUUUCAAGGUCUGAUAAUACCUUUAAAGAAGUUGGUGAACCUAUUGCACUCAAGAGUAGUUAUGAAAAUGAAGAUUUUCAAGAGGUUUUCUCAAUGUGUCUAGAGAAGGAGUGUAGAAGUCGCUUUAAUCUUUCUUUUGGGACAGUCUUCUUGGCUAUUAAUUAUCUUGAUCGCUUUGUAUCCAUUUGUCAAUGCAAUGCUUGGGAAUACUGGAUGCUUGAAUUGCUUUCCAUUACAUGCUUAUUGAUUGCCUUAAAGUUCAAUGAGAUGUCAGCACUUUCGUUGAAUGAAAUUCAGGUGGAGGGCUUGCACUAUUCAUUCCAAUCAAAUGUAAUUUUGAAAAUGGAGCUGAUCCUAUUGAAGGCUCUGGGUUGGCGCCUUAACUCUAUGACAAGUUAUUCUUUUGUAGAAAUGCUACAUGUUGAUUUCUUUGAACCUUUUCUUUAUGAGAAAUUUAUUUCACGAGUCACUGAUCUCCUUCUCCAAGCUACUUUAGAUCAGAAAAUGCUGGAAUUCAGGCCAAGCAUUGUUGGAAUAUCUGCAUUGUGGUGCACUCUAGACCAGUUAUUUCCAUCAACAUCAGAUACUUACAUUACUUAUAUUAUGAGACUCUUGAACCAAAGUCAGAAGGAUGAUAUCAUUAAGUGUCACAAGUUGAUGGAAACGCAGACUUCAUUGUGGUGUGAAAAUCACCAUUAUUGCCCUCUAAGCCCAACAACAGUACUAUUGAAUCGCAUUUAUGAUUAAUGCUAAACCAUUUAACAGCUUCAUCUUUAUUUGACACUUUCUACACAUCAUUGAUCAAAGGAGCUAGAAGAGUUAUUACCUAAUAAAGUCUCUGUGUAGCUUAUGUUUUUGUGAUCUUUAUUUUACUUAGUCAGAAAAUAGGUGCAGAAGUGCAGUAGCAAUAUUAUGUUGGAGGACUGGGAAGAAAUCAAUUAAUAUGAU